AGAGAGCUUGAGCCUGGGUUUUCUUUGCCGUGCUUUUCAGCUCCUCUGUGACUGGAGAAAGAGGCGUGUCCACGGACCAGUAUAAAGUCCAAGGAGAGCCACUCGUGUUGAGCCAUUCUCAGCAGCGAGUCCUUCACACUGCACACCGGCAAAAGGAGGAAACUGCAGCUGUUAUUUAAAACCGUGCCUUUUUUGAUUACCUGCUUUGCAUUUGGACACUUGUAGACCAGAUUCUUUCUUUUUUUUUGGGGCGUUUCAAUAGAGGACGGUCGAGUCUCCGGACUCAAACUGGAAGAGAGAGCAAGACCCACCUGAACACAGUGGUGGAUAUCCGUCCUGUUCAUGCCAACAUAACAAAAACUACUUCUUAUCACUACUACAUUCGCCAGCCGAGCGGCUCAAGAGCAGGCUCCAAUUUCUGCGCUGUGAAAUUGAAUUAGAGGAGCAGAGGAUUUGUAUCUCUGCAAUUGAAACACUAACCAGCUGAAAAUAUAAAAGACGACCUCGGACAAGCCUCGAACCUCCCUCGCAAGUCUAAAAAUCUCCUGUUCAAGUAGAAAGCCAUCACAACAUUCAGAGGAGAAGGAAGCAGAGGGGAGCGUACACACGCGGGUGACGGAUUGCACGCAGGCGCCUCCUGGGCUGCCAUGGUGCGCGGAGGUGCCGCAGCAGUAGCUCCGUCCUGCUGGGGCCUUUGGGCAUUCGGCGCCCUGUCGAUGGCGGCACUGUGCUUGUCGGACCAAGCCAUCCGUUGCCCGCUGUGCUCCGAGGAGAGGCUGGCCAGCUGCCGCCUGCCGGACGGCUGCGAGGAGACCGUGCGCGAGGCGGGCUGCGGAUGCUGCCCCACCUGCGCCCUGCCAAAAGGGGCGCACUGUGGCGUCUACUCGCCCCGAUGUGGCACGGGCUUCCGCUGCUACCCGCCGCGUGGCGUGGACAGGCCACUGCACUCACUGAUGCACGGCCAAGGGGUGUGCACUGAUGAGAGGGAGUUGGAGGAGAACUCAGCCAUGGAAAGGCAGGAUGAGAUCAUUCCUGACCACCCAAACAACAGCAAUAUCCGCUGCAGUCCGCAGGACAAGCGUUGCAUACAGAAGAACCUGGCAAGACAUCCUCCCAAAUCCACUAAUCAGAGAAGCAACACUGCCAGGGAGGAGACCAAGGCAGCGCUGGCCCCGUGUCGUGCUGAGCUGCAGAGGGCGUUGGACAGACUGGCGUCCAACAGCCGCACACACGACGACCUCUUCACGAUCCCCAUACCCAACUGUGACAAGAACGGAGACUUCCAUCUCAAGCAGUGCCAUCCUGCACGCGAUGGCCUGCGGGGAAAGUGCUGGUGUGUGGAUCAGAAGACGGGCAUGAGGCUGCCAGGCCCACUGGAGCUCCGAGGGGAUCUGGACUGUCACCAGUUGAUGACCGCAACCCUGAGAGAUUGAAGGGUGGAGAGGCAGCGAGGGUGCAGCACCAGCAGACUUCUACUGGCGUAUAACAGUAGAACUACACGAGGAAGAGACUCUACUCUACAGCCUCGCUUCACCUGAGGCCAACUGUACUUUGAGCCUGCGCCACGAAAAAGGAAACCAUUGUUUUUUUUGUUGCUAUUUUGUUUUUGUCCGUGAGAGUAUGUGAGUCUUUCUAGCACUUGUUGUGUGUUGUGUUGUUUCUACUAUGUGAACUUAACAGCGUUAGGUCUUAAGACACGUGUGCUUUAAAGUUACAUGUGGAAGAAAAAAAUCAAUCCACAGAUAACAGUUGUAACUGUGACUGUUGUUAGAGAGCAAAACAGAGUCAGUAGGGAUUUUUUGAAAAGAAUGAAAAUGUGUCAACCCGCCAGAUAAUCAGACCCAAGCUAGGACAGGAUCUGUUAACAUUGAUUUUAAUCUUUCUGGAGCACGAGGCCAGGUGGAAUUACCGCAUCAGGGCAAUCCACAAAGAUUCCUUAAAAGAUUGCGAACUAGUUUGUCACAAAAUAUGCAGAAUUGGUUGCAACGCAUUGCUCUGAUUCCACUGCCCUAUAUGUCAUAAACCCCACUCACCUGGUCAGAACAAAGAGAAAGAGGGUCCGCAAACACACAGUCGGGUUUAACGACGACACGAGAGCAGCGAUAAAAGAAAGGGAUGAGAACAGAUAAAGUGAACGAGGAGACGGGGGCAACAAAGGAAUCCAGCGAACCCCUGCUGUGAGUUACCAAAUGAUAGGCUUUCAUAGCUUUUUCGUAACAUCAAAGCCAAAGUGUAAAGUGAGAUUAGUUUGAACGACUUGAACGAUUUGCUUCGUCUCCCGGUGGUAAAGCCUUCUUCUUCCUCUCUAGCAUCGAGCUCCAAAGGACUUGCCGCGUAGCGGGGCUAGAAGCUCUGUGCGCUGCUGAUAGGAUAAUCUUAUUCCUACAGCUGGAGCCAAGUUCCCAGUGUGACUUUCAUUUCUAGAUGAAUGUGCUUCAAAAUACAGGAUUUUUCUCCAAACAGACUGCUUGGCAGACCUUCGAUGGUGCUAUAUACUGAGUGUGCCAAAAUACACAAUAAACCUUUUUGAGCAUUUUUGGGGAUUGUUAUAGAAGACUUUUCAGGAAGUGGAGCAGUUACCAUCAUGUGUGAGGAACAGCAACAUGUGUGACCGUCUGCACUUACUGUUUUAAAUUUUUGUUGUUUUGAAGUGUUUUGAACGGUAAUGUUAAAAUAUAUGAGAAACAUCCCACCAUCACUGCAGCUACAACUGGCUUAUUGUUUCAUUGGCCUGUGUUUUAAAUUGCAGGCGUGAUGUCUCUUAAAUAUACAAGUUGCAAUGAUUAAACUCCGGGCAGCGUAGCAAGUCUUGGUUAACAUGAAGCUUUGAAUGGAGGAGGUGCAGCAGUAAAGAUAGCCUGGUGUUUAUGCGCAAACAAGAAUUUCUUCUUUUAAUUUGACUAGUUUUAUAUUGUCUGAAGGGCCUGACACUAAGAAGUUAAGGAGUGUUUUACCAGUAUAAAUUACGUAGUGUGGAUAGAUGGACAGAAUUAGCGUUGCUGCCCACGCAGAACACCAUCAAACGUCAACCUUACGAAUCAAUGGUGUUGAUUCUGUUCCACGGAUGUUUGUGUUCUUUCUAUGCCUCCACAUACCGAUAUCAUCCAGUAAUCUUAUUAAAGUAUUAAAGCACAACACUCUAACGGGAGGUCCAUUCAGCUCCACAGUCAUUAAGAAGGGCCAUGAAAACUAUGGCUGUUAUCAUUGUUAUAUUGUGUGUUUGCACAUUUUUUCAUUAUUCAGUUUGUUGUAAAUGGAAGUAAAGGAGAAAAGUUCAUUCUGGUGCUUUUCUCAUUCUGUGUUUAUCCUUGGUUUAACACCGGCGGGGGGGGGGGGGGGGGGGGGGUGUAGUAGUCAGUCCGCUUUUAAAUUCCAGACUUUUUCAAGGGAAGGUAAUUUUGGGGGAAAGGGGGGAGGUUAAAAUGAUUUGCCGCGAUUUAUUGUUAUCUCAACACAGCAGAGUGGGGGCAGUUAGAUACUCUAUUGGCCAACCCGAUUCCCAAGAUUAACAUCAGACUGAGAAGUUCUCCAUUUUAUCUUGCAUCCUCUAUGCAUCCUCAGGUGACAUUUUGGAAAUCAAGCUUUCUACUAUUUGUAAACCUAAGAAAUGAAAUAUUGUGUUUUUAGUGCACUUUGACUUCUAUCACUUUGCUACAAAACAAACUCAUGCUUUUGCAAUAUAUUGGCAUCCUAUAUGUGUAGCCGGUAUAAACUAAUCUAAUGUAACAAAACUACAUUGAAUCAUUGCUACCGCUUAGAAUUGUCAAAAACAAAAUAGCACAAAACUUUGUGCAAAGAAUACCAGCAAAGCAUCAAUACUCAGUGAUUUGCAUGCACAAACUCCUUCUAAUCAUUCAUCAACUAAUGAAUAGUUACUAAACACAUGUUUCUGUCAAUGGUAAUAUUUGAGAGGAGAGAGGAAAUGGAAAAAGGUUUUGGCUUUGACAUUGUAAAGGCCUUCUAACUAACAUAAGCUGUGUAUUACUUAGGCUAUAGUGGGUUGCUUGAUCUGUUAUUGCAUUUCUCUGGAAUAGACUGUCAUGUUUGGCUUUGAUAUUAUCGAUUAACGUCUAGAAGAUAUUAAUUCAUGUUUGCAUGCAUACAAAUGGACCAAGUUUAGAAACAGUU